AUGGCUGUCCGCACCAAGAUUGGCCUCUUGGAAAUCGGUCAAAGUCAGAAUAUACCGGAUCAGGAUUUCCUUGCGCUCAAAGAUGAGAUGGAUUUUGUCACCAUUGCACCGCUGGAUGCAUACAACGAUCAAGAAUUGGCCGCACAGUUUCAACCUUUGCUGGGUGAACUUCCAAUAAGCUCCUGCACACGAACUGGGCAACGAGUCUUGGUGUCUAGCUCAGCGUUGGUGCCAGAGCUGCAAAAGGGGGUUCAGGAGGGUGUCAAUAUAGGAUGUGCAGCAUUGCUGCUGACGUGUACGGGGCAAUUCGAUUUGGGCAACACGACGAUACCUGUCAUAAUGCCGGGAGAUCUUCUCCGCGAUCGAGUUCAGCAGUAUCAGAGUCAGAUUGAAAGGACCGCAGUCUUGGUUCCCGUCGAUGAGCAGCAAGAGCUGUUGCGGCACCGUUGGAGACUGCGACUUCCUUCCACCAUCCAAAUACAUUCAUUUACUCUUUCGCCGCAGUCCUCAUUGCUCGAGUGUCACAAUAUGGGUCAGCACCUGCUCCAGUUAGGGGUUGACACGGUCAUCAUGGAUUGUUUGGGGUAUUCUCUUGCGCAAAAAAAGGCUAUCUACGAGGUGAUUCCCAGAGUCUUCAACGCAAAAGAGGCCGCGAUGGAGUUCAUACAGUCCAGCUUGAGAAGGGUUGCAGUAUGA